AUGAUCAAGUCAACAGAAUAUUAUAUAAGUUUAUUAAUAAAACAUAGUAGAUCAGAUAUACAUUUAUUAGCUUGUUAUAUAUUGAGAAGCAAGUCUAUAUAUGAGUAUAUACCACUAAUAGUGGAUAUAAUGAUUAAACAUGAUUCAGAUGCUAUCUAUGAACUUUUAAAGCUUAAAGCUAAGAACAUGAAAUGUAGAAUUAUACUCUAUUUUUAUCUAAAGACACAACUUUUAAAGACUAACAUCAAUCAAAUUCUUAAGUGUUACUAUCUAUUAAUUGAAAUAAAUAACAUAUCCUACUACUAUAACUAUAAAAGUAACUCUAAUUAUUAUAAACAUAGAUUUGUUAACAAUAGAAUGAUAAUUAAACAUUUAAAUUUAAGAAGUAAGAAUAUAAAAAAUAUGUUACUAUCAUUUGUUAAACACAUUCUACCAGUUAGUGAAAUAACUAAUAGAAUUGAUUUUUUAACAUCUCCUUAUACAAAUAAGAAAACUACCAUUAAGAAUAAUCAAUAUUUAAAUAACAGCCUAAUGUUUUAUAACAAAUUAAUAGGAAUUUGUGGAAGGUUAAAUGACGUACCAAAAUACUUACAAAACAGGUUUUUAGUUGUACAAUUAGAAUUAAUUAACAUUAAUUUAAAUAAUAAAGACUACUAUGAUCUGUUAACAGGUGAUAAAAUAGUUUAUAUUCAUUCCAAUACAUGUAAGUGUAUGUGUAGUAGGGAUAAUAAUCCAUACUUACUUAAUUUGGUAACUAAAAAAAGUAAUAUAAAAUCAAAUAUUACUUAUAAAAAUAAUCUUACAAAACAGGAAAUUAAAAAGUUAAAUUCAAUGUUUGAUCAUUUUGAAGUAAUUAAGACAUUUAAUGAUAUUGGUGAUAUUAAUGGAAUAAGAUUAAAUAUGAUCGAGGUGAUGGAAGAAUUAUUAGUAAGAAAUAUAAUUAAUAGUUAUUUUAGUAAUGAAAUGAUACUCAAAAACAAUAUUAAUGAAAAAGUGAUUAUUAAUGAAGAUACUUCAUAUGAAAGAUUAGAUAAAGUUAAUCUUAAUAAUAAAGAACUAGAAACUUUACUUAAUAACAAUUUUGAAUUAGAUGAAAAUUUCUAUGAAGAGAGAAUGCAAUGGCAUAUAAAUAACUAUGACAGUGUUUAUAACCCUGAAAGUAAUUUAAAAUUUCCAUCACAAUUAGAUCAGUAA